UUGGGUGGGAGAGUUAGCCGUUAGCAGUGAGCUAACAGCCGGAGAGUGUAAUGGCGGCGUCGGUGUUGCUGGCGGACAACACCGGACUCAACUUCACGGUCGGAGGCGGCAGCGGCGGCGGCACCGGGAAUGUUUUAGUCGGGAAUAAUAACGGACUGGGACCGGCGGGCCCGGCGCCCUGGAACCGUUCAGUGGACCGGGCGCUGGACGAAGCCUCGGCCACCGGGAGCCUGAACCUCAGCGGCCGGAAGCUGAAGGAGUUCCCGCGGAGCGCCGCCAACCACGACCUGUCGGACACCACCAGGGCCGACCUGUCUCGUAACCGUCUGUCGGAGCUUCCUCUGGAGGUGUGUGUGUUUGUGUCUCUGGAGAGUCUGAACCUGUAUCAGAACUGUCUGAGGUCUCUGCCGGACAGUCUGCUCAACCUGCAGGCCCUCACCUACCUGAACCUCAGUCGGAACCAGCUGUCUGUCCUCCCCGUGGUGGUCUGUAGUCUGCCUCUGAAGGUUCUGAUCGCCUGCAACAACAAACUGGUUUCUCUGCCAGAAGAGCUGGGACAGCUGAGACACCUCACUGAACUGGAUGUGAGCUGCAAUGAGAUCCAGACUCUGCCGUCUCAGGUCGGCCAGCUGGAGGCGCUACGAGACCUGAACAUCAGGAGGAACCACCUGGUUACACUUCCUCCAGAGCUGGCUGAGCUGCCUCUGGUGCGUCUGGAUUUCUCCUGUAACAAAGUGACCUCCAUCCCCGUCUGCUACCGCCGCCUCACGCAGCUGCAGACCAUCGUCCUCGACAACAACCCUCUGCAGACUCCACCUGCACAGAUCUGUAUCAAGGGGAAAGUCCACAUAUUUAAGUAUCUGAACCUGGAGGCCAGUAAGACCACCCCUGACCUGCCGGACUACGACCGACGACCUCUGACCUUCAGCUCCUGUGUGGAUGAGCUGUAUCCUGGUCGUCCGUACGGAGCGUUGGACUCUGGGUUCAACAGUGUCGACAGCGGAGACAAGAGAUGGUCGGGCAAUGAGCCGACAGAGGAGCUGUCAGAGCUGCCGCUGAGAGUGGCGGAGAUCAGCAGGGAGCAGCGGCACAGGCGAGAGGACGGCCGAGGAGGAGGAGGACCUCUGCUGGCCAACGGGACGCAUGUGGAGUUGGAGCAGAUCGACUUCAUAGACAGCUGUGUGGGGGAGGAAGAGGAGGAGGAGGGGAAGAGCCGAGCAGCACCACCAGCAGCAGCGGCAGCAGGAGGAGGAGGAGACAGCACCAGCCUCAGCUCGCAGUUCAUGGCUUAUAUAGAGAGACGCAUCACCAGAGAGGGUUCACCGGUCAAAAGCAACACGUCCAAAACAGAAGACACAAGGAGACACAAUAGGAGUGUGGUGGACGGUGUAACGGCGCCCUCUAGCUCCCAGAAUCAGAGAGGGGGGGCACUCAGCUCGGGGGGAGUAGAGAGGAUGAGGAGGGAGGCUCAGCUCGCUGCUCUGAGGUACGACGAGGAGAGACAGAAGACGCGCUCCCUGCAGAGAGACUCUGUCAGCAGCUACACCAAGCAUAAAGCAGCUCAGAGUCCAACCAAGACCAGUCCAGACAGUGAGAACGUCUACCCCUCCAGACGCUCCACCCACACAGAUGACUCCGCCCUCUUUAUGGGAGAGGACAGAGCCGCUCUGUCUCCUACAGCCAAUCAGUCACCUUCUUACCCCAGCUCCGGGGGCGUGGCCUCCUGUCGGACAGCCAGCGUGAGACCAGAGAGCUUCCUGUAUCGCCUCGGCCAGAAGGAAGAGAAGAGGAGAGGUGACGCUGCUGCUGCUCCUCAGAAACAGGAGGAAGCUCCUGCUGCUCCAGUUCUGGUCGGAGAAGACGCAGAGCUGGUGGAGCAACUCAGAAAGAACAUCGAGGCUCGUCUGAAGGUGUCGUUGCCUAGCGACCUGGGAGCAGCGCUGACAGACGGGGUGGUGCUGUGUCACCUGGCCAAUCACGUGCGACCACGGUCCGUCCCCAGCAUCCACGUCCCCUCCCCCGCGGUGCCUAAACUCACCAUGGCCAAAUGUCGAAGAAACGUGGAGAACUUCCUGGAGGCGUGUCGCAGGAUCGGCGUCCCACAGAUGGAGCCGACGUCUUCUCUCAAAGCUGUUUCACAUUUACUGAAACAGCCAAUCAGAGAAGAGUCCACCUGCUGCCUCCGGUUUACCUUCUGGUUUAGAAGCAGCUGUUUCAGCGAGCAGCAGCCAAAACCUCCUCUGAUGUUUGAACUUGUUGAGCUGCUGGAAGCGAAGACGAGCUAAAAGUUUUAUAUUUAAUUUCAGUUUUUCAUUUCCAUGUUUUUGUUAAGAGCUCAUGCUGCAUUCAGGUCCCGUGGGACACGCUGAGGGUGUUCAACUCAACUCCAGCUGCAACGAUUGGUUGUCAAUCAACAGAAAAUUAUUGAAUAAUAGUUUGAGUCAUUUUUGUAAAACUAAAAUAACUAAAUGAAGCUGGUUUAAUUGAUUAGUAGAGAAAAAACUCUACAGUUUAAUCAAUAAUCUCAACAUUCAUCUGAUUCCGAUGAGGUUGAAAUCCUGAACUGUCAUUUUUUUUCCCCCCCGUUGUACCUGAACGCAGCAUCAGGCCUUCACUUUGAGCCAGCAACAUUUGCCCUGAAUUCAGACUCUCAGGCUGAGAGGAGUUUCGGGAGCCUGUGAGGCUGAACUCGGGGCCCAGCAGCCCUGCAAGCUGCUCAGACGGUUUUGGACUGAACGACGACGUGGUUUCAUGUUUUGUACAGAUGUUCUCAUGUUUUUUUUUUUUCUUCUUCUUCUUCUUCGUGUGUUUCUCCUGCGGCGGUGACGGGGUCAUGUGAUGGUGGGGUCACGUGACCGCGUGGGGGUUUUUCAAAGGACAUUCCACUGUUUUUACGCGGAGGACAAACAGACUUUCUCACAGUUUUUAAGUUUUAACAUUUUUUCACUUUGUUUAAUUUUUUUGCUGAGAAACUGUAUAAAAGAUUUGAACACAGCUGUAUGAAGAGUUGAGUUAAGUUUAAGUGCAUUAAAUAAAUAUUUUAAUUUGA